AUGAUCAGCGCGGAUAUAUUACACCGCAUCAACCAACGACUGCAGCAGAUCACCGGUGUAUACGAUCAGCUAUUUGGCGGUAUGAACAUCAUCUUAUGCGGUGAUUUCAGACAAUUGCCGCCGGUUAACGCAACGCCGGUCUUCAAGAUGCCGCGCAAUGUUUUCGCGGGAGUGGUGCUGUGGCAAUCAUUGAAUUACUUCCCUCUGCUCAGAGUAGUUCGUCAGUUUGACGAGACGUUCUCGUCGAUACUCACAAAAAUCGGCAACGGCGAGACGCUCACCGACGAUGAGAACAUUCUAAUCGAGGGCCGCUUCAGAACGGUAGAGUGGUGCAAUGAGAACUUGCCCAACGCCGUGCGUCUGUAUCACCGCAACAUUGAUGUCGAUGCAUACAAUAGAACGGCCAUAGUCGAUCCUGUCAGGUGCGUGACUCGCGACAGAUUCUUCGGCUACACCACGGUCACAGAAAAGAACGAGUGCAGGCGUAAGCUGCACAAGAUGUCUGUAGCCGAGUAUGACGGCUUGCCGUAUAUGAUAGCUCUUGCGACCGAUUACCCGUACAUGAUCACCAUCAACAUAGACGUCGAGGACGGUCUCGUUAACGGCGCGAUAGGCGUUCUCAAGUAUAUAGAGACCCUUGAGGAUGAAGAUUGCAAUGUCGACGACGAUGAACCACAACCGUCUACUAGUGGCGGCAGUGAUACAAUAGAGCACAUCGUGAACAUACGUCUCAAACCAAACAUUCUCAGUCGCGACUGGACCCCCGUCAACAAGCGCACUAUCAACAUCAGUCUCAGUAAAACGGUAAAGUGUAAGCGACAGCAGUUUCCUGUCGUUUCGGCGUGCGCAAUCACUAUACACAAAUCCCAGGGCGGCACGUUUGAUGAAAUCGUCUUCAAAUACGACAGCGGGCAACAGCAUCAGCUCGUUUACGUCGCUCUGAGUCGAGUCACCACUAUCGAGGGCUUGUACAUGGUGAACGACAAGAACGACUUCCGGUUCCAUCACAGGCGUCGCGGCAGCAACGCGCCGCAUAUGAAGGAGAUCAGAACCGAGUACCAGCGUCUCGAGCAACACAGGCUCGACACCAUCACCUCGCGGGCUCACCUGUUUUGCACAUCUCCGGACACUGUGUGA